UUUUUGCCCUUGACUACAAAAUACUAAUCAAUUAAGUGCAUUCGGUUGAUUUUUUUAAUUCCAAGGUGAAAUUAAAUUUUUUAGCACUAAACUCGUUCUGAGAGUUAAAAUUAUUUGUAAAUAUCUAUUCCUAAUUCAAAAUAAAUAUUAUGACAUUUUCGGUUUCAUUUAGCUCACCUUUUGCCUUCAAAGAAUGUGUCAAAAUUGUGAAAAGGUCGUUUUCCUCAACACGCGUGUUAGCUAACAAACAGAUGACUGUUCGAGAUGCAUUAAAUUCGGCUAUGGAUGAUGAAAUGGAACGAGAUGAGAGAGUUUUUAUUCUUGGAGAAGAAGUAGCUAUGUAUGAUGGAGCUUAUAAAGUAUCUAGAGGGUUAUGGAAAAAGUAUGGUGACAAGCGUGUAAUUGAUACACCUAUAACAGAAAUUGGAUUUGCUGGAAUUGCUGUUGGUGCAGCUAUGGCUGGAUUGAGACCCAUUUGUGAAUUCAUGACUUUUAAUUUUUCAAUGCAAGCUAUUGAUCAAGUUAUUAAUUCUGCAGCAAAAACAUUUUAUAUGUCAGCUGGAACGGUGAAUGUACCAAUUGUUUUUAGAGGACCAAAUGGAGCUGCAGCUGGUGUGGCUGCUCAACAUUCUCAAUGUUUUGGUGCGUGGUAUAGUCAAUGCCCAGGUUUAAAAGUAAUAUCUCCUUAUAAUUCAGAAGAUGCCAGGGGCUUAUUAAAAGCUGCUAUUAGAGACCCUGAUCCUGUUGUCUUCCUAGAAAAUGAAUUAUUAUAUGGAAAUCAAUAUCCUAUUACUGAUGAAGUUUUAGACAAAAACUUUAUUUUACCUAUUGGAAAAGCAAAAAUUGAAAAAAAUGGUGAUCAUAUAACUCUUGUUGCACAUUCAAAAGGAGUUGAACUAGCUUUAGAAGCAGCAAAAGAAUUAUCUUCUGUUGGAAUUGAAGCUGAAAUUAUUAAUUUAAGGUCAUUACGACCUCUGGAUAUAGAAACUAUUGUAAAAUCUGUAGUAAAAACUAAUCAUAUUUUGUCAGUUGAGCAAGGAUGGCCCUAUGCUGGUAUAGGAUCUGAGAUAUCAGCUCGUAUUAUGGAAAGUGAAGCAUUUUAUUACUUAGAUGCUCCUGUUAUUAGAGUAACAGGUGCAGAUGUACCCAUGCCAUAUGCAAAAUCUCUAGAAACUAUUGCAUUACCUCAAUCCAAUGAUAUUGUAGAAGCAGCUAAGAAAGUUCUUGGAAUGUAAACUGACUACAAAAAAUUACAAACAACAUUUAGGUGCAAUUCACUACUUUCCUUAUAUUUGUCUUUAUAAAAGUAGAUCCCAACAUGUGUAACUGUUAAAUUAUAAUGAAUGUUAAUCAUUUUUUGUUAUAACUAAAUGUUAAAAUAAACUUUAGUAUGAACCUAA